AGCGCCGCGCGGGGUAGGCGGGAGGCGACCGAGAGAGGCGGGGAUGGGGGCGCCGCAGCUGCAUGAUCGCGGUGGCCUGGGCUGCUGACCGUGUCCCCGGAGCCAGGAGUCGGCGGCGGCGGAGCACCGGGCAGUGUAUCUUCUAAUUUGAAAGUCUUCAUGAAAACUUCAGUUUAAAAAAAUAAGUAAUGCCAUCAUCUGAUAUCUUAAAAUAAGACUGAAAUGGGGGCUAUCAUUUUGAGGUCCCCAUGGUUAUGAAUGUGUGUCAGUUUCAUAAUGCCUCCUGCUAUGGCAGACAUCCUUGACAUCUGGGCAGUGGAUUCACAGUUAGCAUCUGAUGGCUCCAUACCUGUGGAUUUCCUUUUGCCCACUGGGAUUUAUAUUCAGCUGGAGGUUCCUCGGGAAGCUACCAUUUCCUAUAUUAAACAGAUGUUAUGGAAGCAAGUUCACAAUUACCCAAUGUUUAACCUCCUUAUGGAAAUUGACUCCUAUAUGUUUGCAUGUGUGAAUCAAACUGCUGUAUAUGAGGAGCUUGAAGAUGAAACAAGAAGACUCUGUGAUGUCAGACCUUUUCUUCCAGUUCUCAAAUUAGUGACAAGAAGUUGUGACCCAGGGGAAAAAUUAGACUCAAAAAUUGGAGUCCUUAUAGGAAAAGGUCUACAUGAAUUUGAUGCACUGAAGGAUCCUGAAGUGAAUGAGUUCCGAAUAAAAAUGCGCAAAUUCAGUGAGGAAAAGAUUCAGUCGCUUGUGGGAUUGUCUUGGAUGGAUUGGCUAAAGCAGACAUACCCACCAGAACAUGAACCAUCGGUCCUUGAAAACUUAGAAGAUAAACUUUAUGGAGGAAAGCUCAUUGUGGCUGUUCAUUUUGAAAAUUGUCAGGAUGUGUUUAGCUUUCAAAUAUCUCCUAAUAUGAAUCCUAUCAAAAUAAAUGAACUGGCAAUCCAAAAACGUUUGACUAUUCAUGGGAAAGAAGAUGAAGUUAGUCCCUAUGACUAUGUGUUGCAAGUAAGUGGGAGAGUAGAAUAUGUGUUUGGUGAUCAGCCACUCAUUCAGUUCCAGUAUAUUCGGAACUGUGUAAUGAACAGGACCUUGCCCCAUUUUAUGCUUGUGGAAUGUUGCAAGAUCAAGAAGAUGUAUGAGCAGGAAAUGAUUGCCAUAGAGGCUGCCAUAAAUCGAAAUUCAUCAAACCUUCCUCUUCCUUUACCACCAAAGAAAAUGCGAAUUAUUUCUCAUGUUUGGGAAAAUAACAACCCUUUCCAGAUUGUCUUGGUUAAGGGAAAUAAACUUAACACAGAAGAAAGUGUAAAAGUUCAUGUCAGGGCUGGCCUUUUUCAUGGUACUGAACUCCUCUGUAAAACCAUUGUAAGCUCAGAGAUAUCAGGGAAAAAUGAUCACAUUUGGAAUGAACCACUGGAAUUUGAUAUAAAUACUUGUGAUCUGCCACGAAUGGCUCGAUUAUGUUUUGCUGUUUAUGCAGUUCUGGAUAAAGUGAAAACAAAAAAGUCUACUAAAACUAUUAAUCCCUCUAAAUAUCAGACCAUCCGGAAAUCUGGGAAAGUGCAUUAUCCUGUAGCAUGGGUGAAUACGAUGGUUUUUGACUUUAAAGGACAGUUGAGAUCUGGAGACAUAAUAUUGCACAGCUGGUCUUCAUUUCCUGAUGAACUUGAAGAAAUGUUGAAUCCAAUGGGAACUGUUCAAACAAAUCCAUAUACUGAAAAUGCAACAGCUUUGCAUAUCAAAUUCCCAGAAAAUAAAAAACAACCUUAUUAUUAUCCUCCCUUCGAUAAGAUAAUUGAGAAGGCAGCUGAGAUUGCAAGCAGUGACAGUGCAAAUGUAUCAAGUCGAGGUGGAAAAAAGUUUCUUGCUGUACUAAAAGAAAUCUUGGACAGGGAUCCCUUGUCUCAAUUGUGUGAGAAUGAAAUGGAUCUUAUUUGGACUCUGCGGCAAGAUUGCAGAGAGAAUUUCCCACAGUCACUGCCAAAAUUACUGCUGUCAAUCAAGUGGAAUAAACUUGAGGAUGUUGCUCAGCUUCAGGCACUACUUCAGAUUUGGCCUAAACUGCCCCCCCGGGAGGCGUUAGAGCUUCUAGAUUUCAACUAUCCAGAUCAGUACGUGCGAGAAUAUGCUGUGGGCUGCCUGCGACAGAUGAGUGAUGAAGAGCUCUCUCAAUAUCUUUUACAACUGGUGCAAGUUUUAAAAUAUGAGCCUUUUCUUGAUUGUGCCCUCUCUAGAUUCCUAUUAGAAAGAGCACUGGCUAAUCGGAGGAUAGGGCAGUUUCUCUUUUGGCACCUUAGGUCAGAAGUGCAUAUUCCUGCUGUCUCAGUACAAUUUGGUGUUAUCCUUGAAGCAUACUGCCGGGGAAGUGUUGGGCACAUGAAAGUGCUUUCCAAGCAGGUUGAAGCACUCAAUAAGUUAAAAACUUUAAAUAGCUUAAUCAAACUGAAUGCAAUGAAGCUAAACAGAGCCAAAGGGAAGGAGGCCAUGCAUACUUGUUUAAAACAGAAUGCUUACCGGGAAGCCCUUUCUGACCUGCAGUCGCCUCUGAAUCCAUGUGUUAUCCUCUCAGAACUCUAUGUUGAAAAGUGUAAAUACAUGGAUUCCAAAAUGAAGCCUUUGUGGCUCGUUUACAACAACAAAGUGUUUGGUGAAGAUUCAGUUGGAGUGAUUUUUAAAAAUGGUGAUGAUUUACGACAAGAUAUGUUGACACUCCAGAUGCUGCGCUUGAUGGAUUUACUUUGGAAAGAAGCUGGUUUGGAUCUUCGGAUGCUGCCUUAUGGCUGCUUAGCGACAGGAGAUCGCUCUGGCCUCAUUGAAGUUGUGAGCACCUCUGAAACAAUUGCUGACAUUCAGCUGAACAGUAGCAAUGUGGCUGCUGCAGCAGCCUUCAACAAAGAUGCCCUUCUGAACUGGCUUAAAGAAUACAAUUCUGGGGAUGACCUAGACCGAGCCAUUGAGGAGUUUACCUUGUCCUGUGCCGGCUACUGUGUAGCUUCUUAUGUCCUUGGGAUUGGUGAUAGACAUAGUGACAACAUUAUGGUCAAAAAAACCGGCCAGCUCUUCCACAUUGACUUUGGACAUAUUCUUGGAAAUUUCAAGUCUAAAUUUGGCAUUAAAAGGGAACGGGUGCCUUUUAUUCUUACCUAUGAUUUCAUUCAUGUGAUUCAACAAGGAAAAACAGGAAACACAGAGAAGUUUGGCCGCUUCCGCCAGUGUUGUGAGGAUGCAUAUCUGAUUUUACGACGGCACGGGAAUCUCUUCAUCACUCUUUUUGCACUGAUGUUGACUGCAGGGCUUCCUGAGCUCACAUCAGUCAAGGAUAUACAGUAUCUUAAGGACUCUCUUGCCUUAGGGAAGAGUGAAGAAGAAGCACUCAAGCAAUUUAAGCAAAAAUUUGAUGAGGCACUCAGGGAAAGCUGGACUACUAAAGUGAACUGGAUGGCCCACACAGUUCGGAAAGACUACAGAUCUUAAUGAUUAGCCUUUGCUCCUAAUAUAUUUGUUGGUUUUGUUUAGUUUUCAGUUUGCACUUGCACUAAAUUGAACAUGACCCUGCCAGAGAUGUUAUAAAGGGAAUGAAAUCCUAGAACUCAGUUAAAUUAAGAACAAGGCAUCCCACAGAACCUAAUCUGAACAAUCCCCAAUGACCACCCUCUGCUUCAUUGAAUGCUUCCAAGAUUCAUCAUAAAAACUCCCAAUAUAAUGGAUAAUCAUUUCCUGCUGACUUUGCACGCCGAAGAAUGCUACUAGAGAUUGUUUUCUGUCUUCUUCUUCUUCUUCUUCUUUUUUUAAAGUAUUUGGUACUUUUCCAGAAAGGUGUAAAUACUUCUUUUUGUAUUGUGACCAAGUGUUACCACUCAGCCAACUUAUCCACACCUGGGGACUGGUAGUUGUUCUUGCUUUCCAAAUGAGGCUUAAAAGAAAGGUAUCUUUCUUCCCUUUUUAAAUUAUAUCAACUAUAAAUUAUAACAUAAUUUGAAGUUAUUGUUAUUUUUCAAAAGAAACCUUUAAAUCUGUAGAAAGAAUAACUCUUUUGUUGAUAUUUAUCUACCAUGACAGCAUCAUUCCUACCAGACUUGGUGAAAAUCUGCUCAUGAGGCAAAUAGAAUAUAUAUGCUGCAUAUAUAUUUAUAAAUUUCUAGUGGGAGAUCUAUAUAAAAAGACAUUUCUUUGUUUUUUUCUGUCUUUUAAAGUUUUACAAAAAGCAGAGCUUUUUCUUGUUACUUCCUUAGUUAACUGUAUGAGAUCCAGUUCUUCCAGUUGCUUCUGUAAUGAGGCACAUAGUAAUUUCAGUUUUACAUGGUAUCUAUGAAAGAGUUCACUUCAUAGAGCAUAAUACUUGAGCAAAUGCAUCCAAGACAAAAAGCAAAUGAAAAGAAACUAUUUAUGAAAUCAUCUCCAGACCUAAAAUUCAGUAUUUUAGUAAAAUGCCAGCUGUUCUUACUGUAUUUAUUAAAACUUGUAAUAAUGUGAUUUUUCAAGGAUAUUAGUUCAAAUUGAAAUGGUUUCAUGCCACAUGGAAUUCUUUAAUUUAUUUGUUGAGGUACCAUACAUUUAGGGUGCUAGAUGGCAAAUAAUGUUAAUAUGUGCAAUAAGAACUACUGGUUUGAAUGUGUAAAUGGAUGCUCUUUCGGAGUACUGGCAAUAUCCAGCAAAACUACUGCUUUUUCUCCAAAGACUUUUGGGAGCUCUCAAUCCUCAGUGACAUGAGAAAGAGAACCGAGUAUUUACCCUGUGACUGAGUUUUCUAUAGGAAUUUUAUUAAAGAUUGUUUAAUUUUGUUGUUUUCCUUCAUGUUCUCAGUCAAAUAAAUGGGUGAGCUGGUUUCAGCUGCUCUUGGGACGUGUGGGCUUUUUCUUUAUGGAUAGCACAGGCCUUUGGGUCUCGGCACUGGGUCCCUAAGAGUUCGUCAAGUCAAUAAACAAAUCAGUCUGAGAA